UCCUUCUCUCUCACAUGCUCGCUCGCUCCCUCCCAGUCCCAGUUCAGAACUCGAGAUCUCUCUCUCUCUCGGGUUGAGGAGAAAUUUUUUCGUAGGCCGGGGUGAACAAGCCCUAGAUGCUACUUCGGAGUACUGUAUAAAGGGGAAGCAAAAGAAGAAGGUGGAGAUUGGAUUUCAGUGUUUGCAGCUGUUCGUCGAUUUCUUCGUCUUACUCUGGAUCUGCUAUUUCGCUUUUCCUACUCUGAUUGUUUUUGUGCACGUUCUGAUGAUUGUCUCUGUUCGCUCGAGCAUUCGCGCCCCCCCGAGGUUUCGAUCGAAAUGCGGCUGACGACGUGGUGCUGAGACGAGGAAAUUGAGGACGACGAGUACGAGGAAUUCUGUGUUUUUCAAAGGCCGGAAAGAUGUCGGGUCCAAGGGUUUCGGAUCCGAGCAAAUUGCAUCUGAAGAGGGAGCUUACUCAAAUCAAGAAAGCUGCUCGGGUUUUGCGUGAUCCGGGCACGAGUUCCUCGUGGAAAUCCCCUCUUAAUUCGUCGAGAUCCAUUGCUGCGGCGGCGGUGGCAGAACGACCGGCGAGAAGGAAUGGCGGGAGUUCAAGGCACAACGGUAAUGCCCAGUUGGGUUCUCUGUUCCAGGCUCGAGCAGAAAGUAGCCGGAGCAUUGGGAACGGGAAGGAGAAGAGGGUAUUCUUGUACAACUGGAAGAUGCAUAAAUCUUCCAGCGAGAAGAGCGGAUUGGCUAAGAAUGGCGAGGAUGAGGAUGGUAACGAUGGGUCCUCCUGGAUCCAAGGCAGUGUUGAUGACGAUGACGAUGAUGCUGUGAGUGACGCGAGGAACUGUGGGGACUCGAAGAGUGAUUCGUAUUUGGGAGAGACCCGAUCGGCUUCGAUGAUUUUCAGGUGUAGAGACACGAACCUAGUGUCGCCGGGCGUGUCGAAGAUCAGAAAAAGCGGCGUUAGCAAGAAGGGUAGGAAGAACUCGACCCAUUUGGAUUUUUUGUCUAAAUACCAAUCGAAAGAAGCAGUUCUCGACAGAAAAUCUGCGAAUGCUAGGAGAUUGCCUAGUAGCCGACAUGCUGCAUUAAUUUUAGGUGUAGGGAGAGAUGAUUCUGCUGAAUUGUCGGACGAUACGGAGGAUUAUUGCAAUUCAGAGGAUCUGCGGAAGAUUACAGGGGCUUCUCCCUUGCUUUUGAAGCUCAAGCACAAGAACUGGUCUCGUUCUUCCACCAAGUUCUUGAAAACAAGUGGGAAAGACGAUUCUUCUUAUACUUCCAAUAGGACACCAGCCUUGUCGACUAGUUCUUACAACAUGUACGCUGCCCGUAAUCCCAGCACCAUUGGAUCUUGGGAUGGCACUACGACUUCGCUGAACGAUGGUGAUGAUGAGUUAGACGAUAAUUUGGAUUUGCCAGGGCAACAAGGUUGUGGGAUACCUUGUUAUUGGACAAAGAGGACUGCGAAACAUAGAGGUGGAUGUAGAAGUUGCUGUUCCCCGUCUUUGUCGGAUACUUUGAGAAGGACAGGAAGCAGCAUUUUAUGUGGGAGCCAGUCCGUGUAUCGUAGGCAUAGACAUUCAUCCGGAAGCUACAAUAAACACAAAAUUGCUUCAAGAAGUGAACAGGGUGUUUUGCCUUUGCUCACUUAUGGCGCUGAAGGUAGAGGGGGUUCAUCCAUAGGAACUGGGCGUAGUGACGAUGAGCUCUCAACCAAUUUUGGAGAGCUUGAUUUAGAGGCUCAAAGUAGAUUAGACGGGCGAAGGUGGUCUACCAGCUGUAGGAGUCAGGAUGGUUUGGAGGUUACACCUGUAAAUGGAGAUGUAGAAGAAGAAAGCACACCCGAAAAUAUCAGGAGCUUGAGCCAAAAGUACAAACCCAUGUUCUUUGAUGAAUUGAUCGGGCAGACUAUAGUGGUUCAAUCGCUAAUGAAUGCCAUCAAAAGAGGUAGGAUUGCCCCUGUUUAUCUUUUCCAGGGUCCUAGGGGAACUGGGAAAACAUCAACUGCAAGAAUCUUUGCAGCCGCUCUAAAUUGUGUGGCAACUGAAGAAUCAAAGCCUUGUGGAUACUGCAAAGAAUGUACCGAUUUCAUCUUGGGGAAAAGCAAGGAUUUUUGGGAACUCAAUGGUACAAAUAAAAAGGGAGCUGAUAAAGUUAGGUACCUUUUGAAAAACAUGUUAACCAGACUUCCACUGGAUUCCUCGAGAUACAAGGUUUUUGUGGUUGAUGAGUGUCAUUUACUGCCAUCUAAGACAUGGCUAUCUUUUCUCAAGUUUCUCGAGAACCCUCCGCAAAGGGUCGUCUUCCUAUUUGUAACAACGGAUCUCGACAAUGUCCCCCGUACCAUACAGUCAAGGUGCCAGAAGUACCUCUUCAACAAACUCAAAGAUGCUGACAUUGUAGCAAGACUAAGGAAGAUUGCUUCGAAUGAAAAUCUUGACGUAGAACCUCAGGCAUUGGACCUGAUUGCUCUAAAUGCAGAUGGUUCACUUCGGGAUGCGGAAACGAUGCUGGAGCAGUUGAGCUUGCUGGGAAAACAAAUCACUGCCUCCCUUGUAAAUGAGCUAGUGGGUGUUGUUUCAGACGAUAAAUUGCUGGAACUAUUGGAAUUAGCAAUGUCAUCUGACACGGCUGAGACUGUGAAGCGAGCUAGAGAAUUGCUGGACCUCGGGGCCGACCCAAUAGUCUUGAUGUCUCAACUGGCCAGUCUUAUCAUGGACAUCAUUGCUGGAACGUACAAGGUUGUCGAUGAAAAAUACAGCAACGCUUUCUUUGAUGGACAGAACUUGACUGAAGCAGAUUUGGAGAGAUUAAAGCAUGCUCUGAAACUUCUUUCUGAAGCCGAGAAGCAGCUUAGGGUUGCUAAUGAUCGUUCAACGUGGUUCACUGCAACUUUGCUGCAGCUUGGGUCUAUGCCUUCUCCAGGCACCACCCGUACAGGUAGCAGUAGAAGGCAAAGCUCUAGGACAACUGAAGAUGAGCCAUCAAGCAUCUCAAGGGAAGUUAUUGCUUACAAGCAGAGAUUAGGGCUUCAAUUUCGGAAAUCAGCAUCUCCUGUUUCCAUUAUAAAAGCAGGAGAUGGAGCCCAAGACGUGAAAUUUUCCUCCGAGGUUGACAAUGGCUAUAAAUCCUCAUCCUCAAGCCAGAUUGCAGAGAGUGAUGCCUCCAUUGCCUCGCAUGAAAAUAGCACGGCCAGCACUACUAUGCUUACCUGCAGAAGUUCAGAGAAACUAAAUGAUAUCUGGAUAAAAUGUAUAGAAAGAUGUCAUUCCAAGACACUGAGACAGCUGCUAUACUCUCAUGGGAAACUAUUGUCAAUCAGUGAAGUUGAAGGUAUUCUAGUUGCUUAUAUUGCGUUUGGAGAAAGCGAUAUUAAACUGAGAGCUGAACGGUUUCUGAGCAGCAUCACAAACUCGAUUGAAAUGGUAUUAAGGCGGAAUGUAGAAGUCAGGAUUAUCCUCUUACCUGAAACAGAGUUACUCAUUUCCUAUCAGACUAGAAAGAUGGCCAUGACCAACAAGGACAGAGAUCAAAAUGUAGCAAGUGGUUCAAAUGCUGAAUCACCCGGCUUGUCAGAUCCUGAAGUUGGCACUGGCGAAGAAAGCAGCCAGGGGAUCCCGAUGCAGAGGAUAGAAUCCAUCAUCCGUGAACAGCGGUUGGAAACUGCGUGGUUACAGGCUACAGAGAAAGGCACACCUGGAUCAUUGGGAAGAUUAAAACCCGAAAAGAAUCAGGUUCUACCCCAGGAAGACACCUACCGACAACAUAAUAACACGGGUUCUGUGAUUUCAUCUGGACCGAACUCUCAGCACUGGAUGGACGAACUAAGCAAUGGGGUGAAGAUGCUGAAAAUUGAUGGUGGGGGUGGCGAGUUACGAGGCAAUCAGACCGGUAAAAGGGCAGAGCAUUACCCUCUUUCCCCGAGCUUACUCCACGACACCAACUUCACAAACAACAAAGACAACCUAGGGUAUGAAUCAGGACCGGGGGGCGGAGGCUGCAGUAUGCUUUUCUGUUGGAACACACACAAGACUCAUAGAAGAAGCAAGGUAGAGGGGAAGGGGACGCCUGUAGGAUCUCGGAGAGGCAAAAAGCGGCGAUUCUCUUUGUUCGGUGGAUGUGUCAAGCCAAGGAAAGCUGAGAGCAAGUUCAGAAGAUGAAGUAAAUCACAGUGUCAUGGAGAAACAUUUUAAGGUCAUAUAUAUAUAUACACAUAUUAUUUAAAAUUAAUAUAAUCAUCUCUCUCCCACGUAAUUCUUCUUUCUAUUUGAUAUUUUUCAUGGAUUCUAUGGGAUGUGAGGGCCACAAAAAUAUAUUGAAUGCAGCACAAGAAGACGGCUUUUCUUUUCAUA